CACACCUUUUAUUCCAACAACACCUGAAAUUCAACUUAGAAAAUCUCUAAACACUCCAUACCUUAAAAUGUCGGCAGAAAAGCAACUCUCUGCUCUGGUACUCAUCGCCGACGGCUCCGAGGAGAUUGAGACAGUCACACCUCUCGACGUCUUGGUGAGAGCCGGAUUUGCAGCAGUCACAUCUGUGGGAGUCGGCCUAAAAAAUCCUCUUUACGCCCAGUGUUCUCGCGGGAUCAAGAUCAUCCCAGACAUUCCCUCCCCGCAUGAGAUUCCUGAUCGUCUGGUCGAUGCAGCGGACAUUCUGAUUCUUCCAGGAGGUGCGCCCGGAGCCAAGACUUUCUGUCAAAGCGAAGAGGUCCUACGCCUGAUUCGAGAGUUCCGGAACGAGGGGAAAUGGGUCGCGGCGAUUUGUGCUGGAACAACGGCGCUAGUCGAAAGUGUCAAGUCACCACGCGCUGAUGGUGAGGCUGCUAAGAAGUGUAAAGUCACAUCGCAUCCCUCAGUAAAGCAGGAAAUUGUGGACGCUGGCUGGACUUAUGCGGAUGACAGCGAGAGAGUUGUAGUUGACGGAAAGAUCAUCACGAGCCGUGGUCCCGGCACUGCUCUGCUGUUCUCACUUACUAUCGUCGAGCAGUUGGCUGGCAAGGCUAAGAAAGAUGAGGUCCACGGGCCAAUGAUCUGUGCUGGGACGUUGUAAGGUACUGAUUCGUAAAAGUCCUACUGCAGCUGCAUAGAUAUCCAUGCCUCGUAACAGUUUGAGCAAUCUGCUGGAGGGCAUGACACUUUCGAGGUUGUGGGAUUUACCAGUGCAAGUGGCCCGUGUUGAGCUUUUAGUAAACAUUGGUCUGAUCGACGAAUAUAGACAGCCAUACAUAGCAGUUAUUAGUGUCACAUGCCGUUAGCAAACAGACAUCCCUAUGCAAAACAGGCGCCAGAGAGCAAUGGUGAAGAAAAAACAUUGGGUCAUUUAAUUUUCGAAAUGCAUUUCAGAGGCCUAUCAUGAACGCGUUGUGGGUGCGCCUCCAGACGUUUGCGGGGGCGGCUUUUUGAUAUUUUCCCUAAGGCAUGAGAAGUGCGAAAAAAGUCGGUAUAAAGUAACGAAGAUGCAUUUUCCCAUGCCGUGCCUCAGCCUGCGCCUAAACGACAAUCAAA